AUGACAGACAGGACGGCUAGAGUCGAUGGUAUGCGGCGGCCCCACGAAAACCCCACGGAAUGGAGACUAAGGAAAGCAUUUUUAGCCAAGAACCUCGAUGUCCUCGGACCCGAACGCCUGGAAUGUCUCUCAAACUGUUUUGUAAACCACGAACUCUACGGUGCAGGAUAUCCCAGCAAAGUCAUGUCAGAGGUCCGAAAAUAUGGUGAAGGUAUCAUAGACAGCAUUUACAACGGCAAAUCCUCCUUCGCUCCUAUUCAUAUUAAAUAA